UUGUGGGAUAUGUGAUGAAUGGAUUCGAGGGGAAGCAAGGAACAAAUUCAUUCCUUUAAUAUAGUGAAGUCGUUGUUGAGAUGAAUUAGUUGUGAAAGCAGCAAUGUUGAUGUGAAAUUAUCCAGUGGACACUAUUAUUUGGAAACGUUAAAAACCAUUGAUAGGUGCUGACAUUGAGCCAGGAGGAUGUACGCUGUGUACCGUCAGGCGCACUCUCCUACGGCCGUGGAAUUUUCUGUUUACUGUAACUUCAUAUCUAGUGAAGAGAAAAACUUGGUGGUCGCAGGCACGUCACAGCUCUAUGUUUACCGAAUCAUUCAUGAUGUGGAGAGUACCAACAAGACAGAAAAGGCCACAGAUGUCAAGAGUCGUAAGGAGAAGCUGGAGCAGGUGGCUUCCUUCUCUCUCUUCGGUAAUGUCAUGUCCAUGGCCAGCGUCCAGCUGGUUGGUGCAAACAGAGAUGCUCUUCUCCUGAGCUUUAAAGAUGCAAAGCUGUCAGUUGUGGAGUAUGACCCAGGGACCCAUGACCUGAAGACUCUCUCCCUGCAUUACUUUGAGGAGCCAGAGCUCAGGGACGGCUUUGUGCAGAAUGUACACAUCCCUAUUGUGCGCGUGGACCCAGAGAAUCGCUGUGCUGUGAUGCUGGUCUAUGGCACCCGGCUGGUGGUGCUUCCCUUCAGGAAGGACACCUUGACAGAUGAACAGGAGGGAAUUGUUGGAGAAGGGCAGAAGUCCAGUUUUCUCCCCAGUUACAUCAUUGAUGUCCGGGAGCUUGAUGAGAAGCUAUUGAACAUUAUUGACAUGAAGUUCCUGCAUGGCUACUAUGAGCCCACUCUGCUCAUCCUCUACGAGCCCAACCAGACUUGGCCUGGGCGUGUGGCAGUCCGACAAGAUACCUGCAGCAUAGUGGCCAUCUCCCUCAACAUCAUGCAGAAGGUGCACCCUGUCAUCUGGUCACUCAGCAACCUGCCCUUUGACUGCACACAGGUCAUGCCAGUGCCCAAGCCAAUCGGUGGUGUGGUUGUGUUUGCUGUGAACUCCCUGCUCUACCUGAACCAGAGUGUUCCUCCAUAUGGCGUCUCCCUCAACAGCCAGACCAACGGGACCACGGCCUUCCCUUUGAAGGUUCAGGAGGAAGUGAGGAUCACACUGGACUGUUCUCAGGCCACCUUUAUUGGCUCAGACAAGAUGGUCAUCUCGCUGAAAGGUGGAGAGAUCUAUGUUCUGACCCUCAUCACUGACGGCAUGAGGAGUGUGCGCUCUUUCCACUUUGACAAGGCUGCCGCCAGCGUGCUCACCACCUGUAUGAUGACGAUGGAGCCUGGGUAUCUGUUCCUGGGCUCCCGACUGGGCAACUCCCUGCUGUUGAAGUACACAGAGAAGCUUCAGGAGGCGACAAUGGAGGAGGACGAGGACGAGGACAGUGACAACAAGGACAAGGAGAAGGACAAGCCGGAGGAGCCGCCCACUAAGAAGAAGCGCAUGGAUUCUAAUGCUAGUUGGACAGCUAAGUCGUCCAUGCCAGAUGAACUGGAUGAAAUUGAAGUGUACGGUAGCGAGGCCCAAUCAGGCACUCAGCUGGCCACCUACUCUUUCGAGGUGUGUGAUAGCAUUUUAAACAUCGGGCCCUGUGCCAAUGCUUCCAUGGGAGAGCCAGCCUUCUUAUCAGAAGAGUUCCAAAGCAAUCCAGAGCCUGACCUAGAAGUGGUGGUGUGCUCUGGCUUCGGCAAAAACGGAGCUCUGUCUGUCCUUCAACGGAGUAUCAGGCCUCAAGUGGUCACCACCUUCGAACUUCCUGGAUGCCAUGACAUGUGGACGGUCAUAUCCAGCGAGGAGAAGCCAGAGCAGCCGCCCGCUGAAGAGGCCGACAGUGAGAACGCUGAGGAGGAGAAGCAGGAGCCCACCAUAGAGGACGAGAAAAACAAGCACGGCUUCCUCAUCCUGAGCAGAGAGGACUCCACUAUGAUCCUGCAGACGGGGCAGGAGAUCAUGGAGCUGGACACCAGCGGUUUCGCCACACAGGGCCCCACAGUGUUUGCCGGCAACAUCGGGGACAACAAGUACAUCAUCCAGGUGUCACCCAUGGGCAUCAGGCUGCUGGAGGGGGUGACCCAGCUUCACUUCAUCCCGGUGGAUCUGGGCUCUCCCAUAGUGCAGUGCUCCGUGGCCGACCCCUACGUGGUGAUCAUGACGGCCGAGGGUGUGGUCACCAUGUUCGUCCUGAAGACUGACUCCUACAUGGGCAAAACCCACCGACUGGCUCUGCAGAAGCCUCAGAUUCACAUGCAAUCACGCGUGAUCACGCUCUGUGCCUACCGCGACAUCAGCGGCAUCUUCACCACGGAAAACAAGGUCAGCUUCCUGACCAAGGAGGUCGUGGGAACACAGAGCCACAUCGAGACUGAGCUGGUCAUACAGGACAUGAGUAACACGGUGGACGAUGAGGAGGAGAUGCUGUAUGGGGACUCCGGUCCUCUUACCAGCCCCACCAAAGACGAGCAAGGCAACUCGACCUCAACCGCAAUGCGGAAGGACGGGGCCCACAGCAAGCUGGACCCAACGCACUGGUGCAUGGUGGUUAGAGAGAACGGGGUCAUGGAGAUUUUCCAGCUUCCUGACUGGCGCCUGGUCUUUUUGGUGAAGAACUUCCCGGUUGGUCAGAGAGUGUUGGUGGACAGUUCAGCUGGCCAAUCAGCAACACAGGAAGGUAAAAAGGAGGAGGUCACUCGUCAGGGAGAUAUCCCACUGGUCAAGGAGGUAUCCCUGGUGGCACUGGGCUACAAUCAUAGCCGGCCUUACCUGUUGGUCCAUGUUGAACAGGAGCUUCUUAUCUAUGAAGCGUUCCCUUAUGACCAGCAGCUUGUCCAGAGCAACUUGAAAGUGCGCUUUAAAAAGAUGCCACACAACAUAAACUUCCGGGAGAAGAAAGCCAAGCUCUCUAAGAGGGACAAGAAAGCUGAGGGUCCUGGUGAGGAGGGGUUAGGGCUCAAAGGUCGCGUGGCGAGGUUCCGAUACUUCAGGGACAUCUCUGGAUACUCAGGGGUGUUUAUCUGUGGGCCGUCCCCUCACUGGAUGCUGGUGACAUCCCGUGGGGCCAUGAGGCUCCACCCCAUGAUCAUCGACGGGCCAAUCGAGUCCUUUUCCCCGUUCCACAACAUCAACUGCCCCAAGGGCUUCCUCUACUUCAACAAACAGGGAGAGUUGAGAAUCAGCGUGCUGCCCACCUACCUCUCGUAUGACGCUCCAUGGCCUGUCCGGAAGAUUCCGUUAAGGUGUACAGUCCACUACGUGACCUACCAUGUAGAGUCUAAGGUGUAUGCAGUGUGCUCGAGCAUCAAGGAGCCGUGUACGCGCAUCCCCAGGAUGACUGGGGAGGAGAAGGAGUUUGAGACGAUCGAGAGAGAUGAACGGUACAUCAACCCUCAGCAGGAGAAGUUCUCUAUUCAGCUCAUCUCACCUGUCAGCUGGGAGGCCAUCCCAAACACACGUAUUGAUUUGGAGGAGUGGGAACAUGUGACCUGCAUGAAGACUGUGGCCCUGAAGAGUCAGGAGACGGUGUCCGGCCUAAAGGGCUACGUGGCUCUCGGAACCUGUCUCAUUCAGGGGGAGGAGGUCACCUGCAGGGGGAGAAUUCUGAUCCUUGAUGUGAUUGAGGUUGUGCCUGAGCCAGGUCAGCCCCUGACCAAAAACAAGUUUAAGGUGCUCUAUGAAAAGGAACAGAAAGGACCUGUGACUGCACUCUGCCACUGCAGUGGCUACCUGGUGUCUGCCAUCGGACAAAAAAUCUUCCUGUGGAGUCUGAAGGACAAUGAUCUGACAGGCAUGGCCUUCAUCGACACGCAGCUCUACAUCCACCAGAUGAUGAGCAUCAAGAACUUUAUCCUGGCCGCUGAUGUCAUGAAGAGUGUCUCGCUGCUGCGCUACCAGGAGGAGAGCAAGACCCUCUCGCUGGUCAGCAGGGACGCGAAACCCGUGGAGGUGUACAGCAUAGAGUUCAUGGUAGACAACAACCAGAUAGGUUUCAUUGUGUCUGACAGGGAAAAAAAUCUACUGGUCUACAUGUAUCUCCCAGAAGCGAAAGAGAGCUUUGGGGGCAUGCGUCUGCUGCGUCGGGCGGACUUUAAUGUGGGCGCGCACGUGAACGCCCUGUGGAGGAUGCCCUGUCGCGGGGCGCUGGACCCCAGCAGCAAGAAGGCCCUCACCUGGGACAACAAGCACAUCACCUGGUUUGCCACACUGGAUGGAGGUAUCGGGCUGCUGCUGCCAAUGCAGGAGAAGACGUACCGGCGUCUGUUGAUGUUGCAGAACGCCCUGACCACAAUGCUGCCUCACCACGCUGGCCUCAACCCUAAAGCAUUCAGGAUGUUGAACACAGACCGACGGACGCUACAGAAUCCUGUGCGGAACAUUCUGGAUGGGGAGCUCUUGAACAAGUACCUGUACCUGAGCACCAUGGAACGCAGUGAGCUGGCCAAGAAGAUCGGAACCACCUCAGACAUUAUUUUGGAGGAUCUUCUGGAGAUUGACAGAGUUACAGCUCACUUCUAAAGCCAGUUGUUUCCGGAGGUUCUUCCACCACGCUGUACUUCUAAGUUCUUGUGUUUAGUUUAAGACCAGACUGAAAAAAAAGUGUUCUGUAUAACUCAAGAGUCUGGGAAUGUUUAGGGACAAAAUAAUUUUGUUAUUGUUGUAUGUCUUUUUACAAAACCUCAAAAAAAAGUAAUUGAAGAUUGUAUCAUGUUUCAUAAAAUAUUUUGUAAACAAAAACAAUUAAAAAACAUUCCUCAA